AUGUAAUAUUAUAUACAUAUAAUUGAUAUCGAUGCAUUUGAGAAUAAGUGGUAUUACAAACUAAGAAUAACAAAUAAUUACAAUAGUUGCUAUCGUGAUGUAUGUGUAAGAUUUUAAGAUUUGAAUCAAUUGCAUAAAAAUCUAUCUAAUGAAAAUUAUUAAUCACAGGUAAAUGAGAAUUAAUAUUUUUGUUAAUAGUUGCCAUAAUUUCCUGAGAAAUCAUUAUUUGUUUCUUGGUUUUAGAGUAAUGAUAGUAGAGAAGAAUUAAUAGAGAACAAAGAAGCUGUGUAGAACUAUUUAUCUGGGAUCAACAAGUACAAAAAAUUGUUCUAAAUUUAAGGAAUCCACCAUUCAAAAAUGAAGCAAUAAAUUAUUUUGUGUAAAAUACAUAUGAUCCUUAGAGAAAUCAAUAAUUAAGAUUUUCAAACAUAAAUAAAGAUAUAUUUUACAAUUUGCACAUAAAAAAAUAAACAAUAAAGAAAGGGAAAUUCAAUAAAGUAUUUCUUGUAAAAUCUGAAAAGCAAGAGAAGGUUGUACAUUAAUUCUUGAUGCCUUCAAAUGAUGCGGCAAAAAAAGAUUAUGAAAAUUACAAAAGAACUUAAUUGUUAAUAACUGAUUAUACUUAUUUAGUGAAAUGUCAUGAGAUUGGGCAAAUAAUAAAAAAGAAACAAUAUUUUUAGAGAAAAUAAAAAAAGACAAUUUAUAAUGCAUUAGAAAUUGGAAUAGACUCAUCUUAUGAUAUUAUUUAUGCUAUUGAAGAAUAUGUGUAAUAUCCAAUGAAUAAAAUAAUUGAAAAGAGAUAAGAAAAAUAAGAUUAUUUUAAAUUAGAAACAAUAGUAGAGGCUUUAAUUGCAUUGAUAAAUGUAGCUUAAUAUUUCCAAUUUUUAUAAAUCUUUUAAAAGUAAUUUUCUGUUACCAAUUUCUAUUAUGAUGAAAAAACAGGAUUUAAAGUUGGAGGUUUGUCACCUGUAUAUACAUACAAAAAAAAAUAUAGAUUAAAAAAUGAUAAUGAUCCCAAUCCAUAUAAGGCUUUAAAUCCACCAGAAUUAUGUGGAUCUGCUGGUGGUUACAGUAUUAAGAAUAAUUUGAAUUCUCAUAUAAAAACUGAUGUUUGGUAGAUUGGAAUUGUGAUUUUAUCAAUGGCAUCACUCACUUUACCAAUACAUUUAAUAUUAAUUGAAGAUAUUGAUAAUAAAAUAAAACUAAUAUAAUCAAAAUAUGGGUAUAAAUUUAAUAAAAUUAGGGAAAAAUUAGCUAUUUUAUUAAAGAAUAUGUUGUAACGUAAUCAAAAUGAUCGAUUUUCUAUUAAUGAUUUAAUUAUUCCUGCUUAAUAAUUGAUGCCUAUGAAUCUAAUAUAAUUCAAGUCUGGGAGAUCAAUUGAACGAAUAUAAGUAUAAAUUUUAUAUUAUCUAUUAGAUUUCAUCAAUAUCUCAAUAAUAAUUAGAAGACUUAGAUAAAUAGUUUAAGGAGAAAACUUCAGAUAAAAAAUAUAUUGUUUUUUUAAACAUCGAUAGAAAUAUUGUGCAAUAAAUGUUUCUAUUUAAUUUGGAAAGAAUUAAAAGAGAGUUUGUGAUACAAUUGCAUAUUAAUGUAUCUCCUUAAACUAUACCAGAUGAUUUAAUUGAUAAAAUGAUGUAAAGCUUAGUUGAAUUCUAAAACUUAUAAAUAUUGGUACUUAAUCUCAAGAAAUGCAUAAUAUCUGAUUAAGCCUAAAAGAAUAUAAUUAAUUCGGCCUAAUAAAUUAUAAAACUUAAAUAACUUACCUUGGAUAUUAGCGGAAAUUAAAUGAUUUAAAUUCCGUAUUCCAAAAUUAGAGUGGUUGUUUAUAACCAAUGA